CAUCGGGUUAGAAAGAAGAACACCAGGAGCGUCCGGCAGUUUCAGAAGACGGAGUGAAGCCAUCAGGGACCAUAAAGUUCACCUGCCUACCUAAAUCAAGUAAGUAAGUACAACAAGGCUCAAGAGUCCUCACGUUGCACGGCUCAUUGUAAGUUUGUGGAUUUACUGCGCCUGCUGUUGUUUUUUACUUGGUCAGACUGUCUGUCUGCUAUGUGAAGGAUGUUGAUGUUGGGAUGUCUGCUGCUCAUUCUCAGCUCUUUCAAUGGGUCACUUUGCCUGUUUUCUGCCAACCUGUCCUCGGAGGUGAAAGCUCUAAACGGCUCCUGCCUGUUGAUUCCUUGUGUCUUCGGACCCACUUUGUUGAUCUCACAGCCCAUUGUUGUCUGGAGAAUAAAUGAAUCAUCUGGUGUUGAAGUCUUUAGAGGGAGCCAACCAUUAGCUAACUGGAGCAACCUUAACGUCAGUGUUAUUGGAAACCUGACACAGGGGAAUUGCACAGUGUUGAUGACAAAUAUCACAUUUCAGCACCAAGGAUUGUUUUAUUUCAGCAUUGAAGACAAUGGAAACCACCAGAGAUACAACGCCACUAAUCCAGUUAGAAUUUCUGUAACAGACAGGCCGACGCUGACCCAAGGGGAUACAAUAAGGGAGAACUCAACGGGCAUUCUGACCUGCAAGGCUCCAUUGAUGUGUGGCUAUCAGCCUCCGACUCUGACGUGGAGCAACACACUGAACGGGACGUUACAACAAUAUGUGGAAAAUGGAACAAAAUCAGUCAUUUCAAAUCUGUCUUUCACGGCUCUGUAUUUGCACAACGGGAUGAACGUCACCUGCACGCUGCAGUACUUGGCGGGAGCCGAUAACCGAAGUGCUGGGCAGAGCCUGACACUCAGCGUCUACUAUCAUCCAAGGGGCACCACGGCUUCAAUUAAUCCUUCUGGUAAAAUACUGCUGACCAUGUCUGUGACACUGACCUGCACCUCCAGGGCAAACCCGGCCAGCAACUACACCUGGUAUAAAGUGAACGGGACCACCGUCUCCACGUUAGGCUCUGAGCAGAAUCUGACCUUGCCAGCAGUGACUCUGCAGGACCGAGGGGUCUACUUCUGCAAAGGCGACAAUGGUUGGGGCAAAGAGAACUCCCCAGCUGUCAAUCUGGAGGUGGAUUGUCUUCCCAUUACCGACACGCCAGCUCCGUACAUCAUCAUUGGAAUUGAAGCCCUCCUGAUAGCAGCGCUCACAAGUGUGCUCGUCUAUACGCUGACAAGGCAAUACAAGAAAAAACAGCUGAAGAAACAAGAAGAGAGGACUCCUCAGCCAGUCUACUCCAACCACAAGGUCUGCAGCGAACAACGUCGUGUGGCGGCCACAAACCCGCAGAUAUUUCAAGAUGAAAAUAAUUAUGAAGACUUAAAUGGAGCAAAGUUAUCUUCAAUCUAUGAAACGCUGCCAUAGACAAGAGAAUGGACUGCCACACUACGCCUGUCUGUCAUGAAAGCACAUUUGGCCUCCACUGAGUCUCCUUUGCUCCUCUUCUCUCUUCCAUACAUAACACCAGGCCAGGGCAGCGCACUUGAGGAUGAAGCCAUUUUAGAGUUGCCAGGCUGAAGAUAAGCCCACCAUAAUCACGGGGAGACUGACUGAAAAAUGUGACUCUGGUGAAAAACAAUGCCAUAAGCACUCAAGAUGGACCUUGGGGGGUCGAAACAAACCACCGAGUGAGUCAAGGAACUCAAGUGAAAACCCUGAUGACUUUUAAUAAAGACCACCUGGAUGAGACUUUGGGCGAGUUAGCCAACCAAGCGGGCGGCACAUGAGCUGAGCGGCCACCUCUUGUUUGUCAAACUUCUCGUGUUUGUUUCACAAAAGUGCCUCUAUUUCAUUUAUUUUUGUUUUUUAAAUCAAUAAUUUUCAACAAUAUGCUUGACAUUUUUGUGAAUAACAGUAUCUGAAAUAAUGAAGUUCAUUAUGAUUAAUGCCAUACCUUCUAUGGCCAUUUAUCAAUUAAAAUAAUAAAGUUACAAUCAGAAAUAAGCAUUUUGGCAUGAGGGUUUGGUUUUAUUGAAAAAUAUUUUACUUUUCUUCUACACCAUCAACACAAAGUUGAUGAGGUUCCCCAGUCUGUUAACAAUGGCUUAAUGGGGAUAAAAAAAUCGUGCGGUUCACAGCUCCUCAAAUACGACUGGAAAUGUUUAAUUUGAGUAAUUUUUAUGUUAGCAGCAGGAGCCGAGCUCUGGUGAAGCCUCCUGGCCCUGCUAAGGCUCUCCAAGGUUCAGUCCUUACUCCGAAGGUAACUGAGGUCGCCAGCCGCGGCCAUGAUUAGCGUAUUGCAGAGUGAAGGUUAAGGUAGCCAACCCUUAUUAAGGACACAAGUGAUGAUGGAAUGGCACAUAGGACAUUACUGUGGGGCGUCCAGGUAAACCACAGUGAAUACUACAGACAUUCCCAGGACUAGCUUAUCUACCACUAUAGUCCCAUUUGUGGACUGAACUGGAAAUUCAGAGGAGUACUUUUAGUGAGGAAAGAAGACGGCAAUGACAUGGUCAGCUGAUCAGCAUGCUUUGUUGCCAUUAUGAAACAGUGAUAUAUUAUCAUUUAUUCUCCUUGACUAUAAAAUAAAGUGCAGCAGUCCGUCAGGUAACAGUGGGAGUUGACACAAAGUCUAAAUAUAAGAGUUUGAAGGCAGAAAUGUGGGCAAAGCUCACCUAAAAGUGUCUUGUUUGAUUUUAUCCACUAGAUGGCAGCAAUGACUGCAAUAUGGACCGAGAAAGUUCCGUUCGCAGCGCAGCAUUUUCAAAUUCAAAUCCUUGUUUGAUGCCCUUUUCGUUAAGUUUUGAAUCAUUUACUUAUGUUAAUGUUUCUUUUGUUUAUUAUCUGCUGUAUUUUCUUUGCCUUGUUUAUGUUCCAUCUGUUUUGUGGGUGAUUCCCCCGAGAACUGGGGUCACUGGGAGGGACUGCCAUAAAUCCGGUGGGUUUCCCACAGUUCUUGGCUGUUCACUUUGAAUGCGUAAGGUAGUCAGUGAGUUUCUUUGUAUUUUUUUCUGUUCUUGUGCCUUUGAAUAAUUCUGGAUAUUUUUAACCUUCUGCUUUGCUCUUUUUGAUUACAUCUUUGGAUUUUGUAUUGUGACUCUGCUUACUUGCUAUGUAUGCUGUGACUUCAUGAAACUUCAUUAUGCCUUUUGUGUUCUUUGAAGCUUUGUGUAUUACAGAGCAUUUUUGGUGGAAAAUAAAUCUUUAAUUUUAUAGAGA